AUGCCAAAAAAUAAAGGCAAGGGAGGCAAAAACAGACGCCGAGGCAAGAACGAGAAUGAAUCGGAGAAAAGAGAGUUGGUGUUUAAAGAGGAUGGACAGGAAUACGCGCAAGUAAUCAAGAUGUUGGGAAAUGGACGACUAGAAGCAAUGUGCUUUGAUGGUGUGCGGAGGUUAUGCCAUAUCAGGGGAAAGCUGAGGAAAAAGGUUUGGAUAAAUACCUCAGACAUUAUCUUGGUUGGUCUACGAGAUUAUCAAGACAACAAAGCUGAUGUGAUUUUAAAGUAUAAUGCAGAUGAAGCUAGAAGUCUGAAGGCGUAUGGAGAGCUGCCAGAACAUGCCAAAAUCAAUGAAACUGACACGUUUGGUCCUGGAGAUGAUGACGAAAUCCAGUUUGAUGAUAUCGGGGAUGAUGAUGAAGACAUUGAUGAUAUCUAA